UCUUCCUUCCCCAGUCCCAUCCCAUGCGCCCGCUCCUCUUCCUCCUCCCUCCUUCCUCCAUCUCACCCGUCCCUCUCACCGCCUCGUUAAUUUUUCGCCCCCGUCUUUGAACGCCGCGGCGGCCUCCACCCCCACCCCUCCUCGCCCCCCUCCGAUCCCGCGCCCGCCUAUAAAUCCCGCCGCCGCAAGCGCCCGCACAGCUCGCUGCUGCUCCCCCUCCCCGCCUUGCCCUGUCCUUCUCCCGUCGGCCCAGGGCGGAAGGGGGUUCUCGCGAGGCGGGCGGGCGGUCGGGCGGUCGGGGAUUGCUCGGGUCGGGUGCGCCCCCCGCGCGAUGGCGAAGCUGUACGUGCAGGCGUUCCCGCCCGCGGAUCUGAACAAGAACACCGAGUGGUUCAUGUACCCGGGCGUCUGGACGACCUACAUCCUCAUCCUCUUCUUCUCCUGGCUCCUCGUCCUCUCCGUCUUCGGCUGCACCCCCGGCACGGCGUGGACCGUCGUCAACCUCUUCCACUUCGCGAUCACGUACCACUUUUUCCAUUGGAAGAAAGGAACACCUUUUGCUGAUGACCAGGGAAUGUACAAUGCAUUGACUUGGUGGGAACAAAUGGACAAUGGCAAACAGCUUACUCGUAACAGGAAGUUCCUCAUUGUCGUUCCUGUAGUCCUGUAUCUGAUAGCUUUGCACACCACAGACUACCAACAACCUAUGCUCUUUCUCAAUACCCUCGCGGUUAGCGUGCUUGUGGUCGCCAAAUUACCGAAUAUGCACAAGGUUCGGAUUUUUGGAAUAAAUGCUGAGAACUAAGCAGCAGCAUCCUUUCAGCAGACAUCUACCUAUAUGCUUUUCCAGAGUGGUCUGUACCAGUGAGUAGUGUUUAAAAGUUGUUAGCAGAUGGGCCUUGGUCGUUGUAUAGAGAAAUGCUCAGAGGCUGGAAAUGUCGCUGCUGUACAUCUGACGUGCACGGAUUCUGUAGACUCUCAAUGUUGCUAUAUGCUUUGUUGCAAGCAUCUGUCAGUUGCUACAUGUACAGUAUCACAUUCUCGCAGAGCAAUAUUUUCUCAGCUACCAUAA